CCGAUUCAUGUUGCAGUCUGGUUCCAUGCACUGGCCAACGUCAGGUAAGGCACCGGCAGGCUAUCGACCCAAAUCCCCUCUGCUCGGCUCGUAUAAAGAGCAUCUUGCCUGCUCUCGAGACGCCUUCCCCUCUCAUUGCACAUCUACCAACCUCGAGAGUACCGGUCAUCGCUAGAAGCCACUCGCUUUUUUACAUUCUUUAAUUCUCUAGUCCGAGACCAAGUAACCACUUCGAAGAUGUACGCUUUCACUACCAUCUUGGCCACUGCCUCCCUCGCUAUUACCGCUCUCGCCACGCCAAAUGGAGGUUAUGGUGGUUGGGGCUCUGGAAAGCGCCCAUCCUGGUGGAAUGGCCGUGGCGCUGUCUGCAUGAGCGACAACGAUGCCCAGACCGUCGCAAACCACUUCAACGAGCUCAUCUCCAACUACUCCAACUCCAGCGCCAAUGCCUACCUCACUGCCGACUUCCAAGACUACUCUGACUCCGUCAGCGAGUUGAUCAACAGCGGCUGCACUUCUGGCCCAGCCACUCUCGGAGCUGCCACCUUCACCAACCGCGACGCCUUCGAGGCUGGCCAGGGUUCCCAGCCAAACAUUCCAUUCAAGCAGCUUAACGUCAGGCACAACUGCGAUACCGUCACCCUCCGAUGGAUGACUACCGUACAGGCAGGUGCACCACAGGCAGUCCGUGGUAUCAUUGUCCUCGAGACUGUCUACGAGAACCGCAAGUGGCUCAUCAAGACCGUCUACUCCGAGUUCAACAGCGGUGCAUGGCUCGUUGACCUUGGCGUCUUCAAGCCAGCCAACUGCCCAGCAUAGAGUCCUCGUUGCUUCUUGAUGGAAAUGACAGCAUGGUAAUUGGGUCUCGUAAAAUUUCUGGUUUCUCAUCAACCUUUAUAUUGCAUGUCGACAAGCCGCGGGAUCAUGAGUUGCACAGUACCGCUACGAGGAUUGGUCUGAUAGAUGGCCUACUUAUGUCGAGAAUUUACUAUUGUCAAUGAUGAACACCAUUGUGCCAU